AUGGCUACAACCUCCUGGGCACAGCAGUUUACCUGUAAAUGGGUCGACGAUGGGAGGCUGGACAUGUCUGGGUUUCCUGAGGACGCGCCAGCGUGCCUGACGUUGUACCUAACCUCCAUUAGGUCAGAAGAAUGGAACGCGGUUCUGGAAAUGAUAGAAAAUGGCGAAGGGCACUGCUCUGCUAAUGAAACCGGAAUUUUGUUUUCAGAGGAUUAUGAAUCAUCCAGCGAAUCGAGUAGUGAAGAGGAAGAAGAGCAAGGCCCGCUUCCGGAAGAUGAAGUUGCAUUUUUUGCGGGAUGCUUCCCGAAAGACCGAGUGAAGAAGACUGUGUUCCUUGGCAUUAUGGAGACAUGUUUGGAAGAACGAAGGAAGCAAUGUACUACAUGUAAAUGUCUCGAUUUAGACUGUGAAAAACAGUUCCUGGAUUACGUGCACAGAGAAACGAAGUCCAAGGGUGCCACAGAUCAAGAGAUAACCUGCCAGGAAAGCAAGGAGCAAAAGACCGUGUCUGUUCUGUUAGUAAUCGAUGCAUAUGGUCCAUCCUAUGGAGGUUCUAAAUCAACCUUCAACCGUCAAGUGGCCCAGUUUCUGAAACGUCACGGUGCUACAGUUCAUUCCACUGCUUUGCAAGCAUCUGAUGAAGACAAGAGGUGCGCCACAGAGGACGGUGUCGUUCUACAUCUGCCUGUUCAAGACCCCGGGGACAAGAGGACGCCAUCUUUGGAAUGGUUAACCUAUGACCACAACGCUCGUUACCCAUACAUAACACAGGAUCUGAAGUGCAUUGUGGGCCAUACAGACAUCACAAGUCAUGCUGCAAAUAGCAUACAAGAGAAACGAUGUCAACACGCAAAAUUGGUCCUUUUCAACCACGACAUGCCAGAAGAGACAGAGUACUACAAGGGAACUAUGAAAGCGAUGGCCGCGGGGAGGAAGAUGGAAGACAUUCUUGAAGAUGCAAAGAAUGCAGAUGCCGUGUUCUCCUUGGGAAGAAGAAUCUACGACUACUUCGAGACGACGUACAUGUCACUUGGAGACAGCAAACCAAGACAACACUUCCUGUUUCUCCCAAGACCAUCCCCAGUGUUUGAGGCCAUCUCUGUCAGACCAGGAGGAGGAGAGAAAGUCGUGCUGUCUGUCGGGAGAGUGACGGAAGUGGACAAGCUGAAAGGCCAUGACCUGGUAGCACGGUCCAUGGGGGAGGUUACAGAGAAGAUCCCAAACGUCAGAUUGCGUGUUCGCGGGAUAGAUGAAGAUGACUGGGAAGCGAGCAAGCGAAUCCUGGAGGAGAACCUACACAGUGGUAAGAUCAAACCCACCCUACUGCCUUGUGGGACCCAGGAGGACAUUGCUGAGGAUAUGAAGCAGGCCCACCUGGUCCUGAUGCCGUCCCGUGCCGAGCCGUUCGGACUGAUCGGUCUGGAGGCCAUCGCAGCAGGCAUCCCUGUACUCAUCUCUGACAAGUCAGGCCUGGCAGACAUGAUCAAGGACUUGAAGAAGAGGCUGUUGGAGUCCAAGUACUGGGAAGAGUCGCACCAAAACCUGCUGCGGGUCUGUGGAUUGAAUGACUGA